AGGGGGGGGAGACGGCCAAGGCUGGAGGAGUGGAGUGGUGGAGCGAGAAAAGAGAGAGUCCAGGCCCAAAUAAAGACAUGGGGGCCAGGACUGGGCUGGGUCCCUCUUUGCUAUAAAAACGCUGGCCUCCUGGAGACUCGGGUUUGGUGGUUGGGGCUUGGGACCGGCGACCACCACAGCUGCUGCGGUCUUCCUCGGGGGGGUUUCCUCCGCAUACUCACCAUCAUCGUCCUGGUCAUCAUUUCUGGGGGUGUUCAAGAUGCCUCGAGUGGACGCAGACCUCAAGCUGGACUUUAAGGAUGUCCUUUUCAGACCCAAGAGGAGCAGCCUGAAGAGUCGCUCUGAGGUGGAUCUUCAGAGGACCUUUACAUUCCGCAACUCUAAACAGACCUACACUGGUAUCCCCAUCAUUGCAGCCAACAUGGACACCACGGGAACAUUUGAGAUGGCACAAGUUCUCAGCAAACACACCCUCUUCACAGCCAUUCAUAAACACUACUCUGUAGAAGACUGGAAAAACUUCGCUGCUAGUCAUCCAGAAUGCUUAGAGCAUGUAGCUGCCAGCUCAGGGAGCAGCAAUACAGAUCUGGAGAGGCUGUGUGGAAUCCUGGAAGCUGUCCCUGCCCUCAAGUACAUCUGUCUUGAUGUGGCCAAUGGGUACUCUGAAUAUUUUGUGGAGUUUGUCAAGACAGUCAGAGAAAAGUUCCCUAAACACACCAUCAUGGCUGGUAACGUGGUAACAGGAGAGAUGGUGGAGGAGCUCAUCCUCUCUGGUGCUGACAUCAUCAAAGUGGGCAUCGGGCCAGGCUCUGUGUGCACAACGAGGAUCAAGACAGGAGUGGGCUACCCGCAACUCAGUGCUGUUAUAGAGUGUGCAGACUCAGCUCAUGGACUCAAAGGACACAUCAUCUCUGAUGGUGGCUGCAGUUGCCCUGGAGAUGUUGCCAAGGCCUUUGGUGCCGGUGCUGACUUUGUAAUGAUGGGAGGAAUGCUUGCAGGCCACGACCAGUGCUCCGGGGAGGUCAUCGAGAAGAACGGCAAGAAGUACAAACUAUUUUAUGGCAUGAGCUCCGACACAGCCAUGAAGAAAUACGCCGGGGGAGUUGCAGAGUAUAGGGCGUCCGAGGGGAGGACAGUCGAGGUUCCCUACAGAGGAGAUGUGGAAAACACCAUCCGGGAUGUGCUCGGCGGACUCCGCUCCACCUGCACCUAUGUAGGCGCCGCCAAACUCAAAGAGCUGAGCAGGAGAACCACCUUUAUCCGUGUCACACAGCAGUCUAGCCACAUGUUCACUUAGGUGGGGGGUGUGUGGAAUACACUCCUGCAAAAAUAUGUAUUGUACAUUUGAGCAGUACCCACUUUCUCCCAGUAGUAGUAGUAGUAGUAGUAGGACCACUUACAGACCUACACUUCACCAUGCACCUGUUUCUCUCAGGAUAUCUGCUGUCAGAAAGUUUUUAGCUCCUGCAGGUUGGAAUUAAAUCAACUCAAAGUUUGACUUGAAUUUUCCCAGAAGGAUAACAGCACUCCAUUCACUUUAAUCUCACAGUGAGUGUGUUUCUAAGCUUGCAGAAACCUGUACUGUAGUUAUUUAUGCAGACCUGUUUUGGGAUGGGAAUGUGCAAAUAUGCUUCACUUACAAAUGCCUGGAUAAACACUUCCCAGUUUUGGGAAAUGGCAAUAAAAGAGUGAAUGUGCAACACAUUAGAGAUCUUUCAAAAACUCGUAUAUAAAGUUGUUACUGGAUGCCAUUUCAACAUUAACAACAUAUCACAAGUGAGCAAGAAUAUGAGCUACGUAAAACACACUCAGCAUGAAGAUGUUGAUCCUAGUAGUGAGAUCAAUUAAUUUGCUGAACUGUGUUUUGAAAUGAAUGUGCAAAUCAAUAUGCAAGAUCCAGAGACUCCACCCUUUAAUUGCCAAGGGAGAAAUCAUGUUGCAGGAAACUGUGUGCAGAACUUCUGCUGGUUUCCUCAGAGGUUUUGGUCUUUCAGUUUCAGUUGAUUUAGGGUUUAUGUAUUUCAAAUAUUUGGUAUAUUUGAGACACGUUUCCUAUAAAAUCAUGUCUGUGCCCUGCAUUUUAAAUCGAGAGUCUCAAGAUUUGUGCCUUUUACUGCGUUGUAAAGUAAUGUAAUGAUGCCAUCAGACACAGUCAAAUAAAUGUCUACAAAUAGCAUUACAUUGUUUAUUGCAAUCAAGACGGAAAAUGGAAGUAAUUAAUCAGAUCAAUUAAUGUGGUUCCUCUUUCUGGACAAUAAACAGUGUAACUAGA